GCGAGUUAGCUCUGUCUUGCCAGGCUGCCGUGGUAGAGGACGUUGGAGUCACUGGAAGCAGAGAGACACCCAAAUUAAACGUUCUCCUGAUUGUGAAUUAACGUCAAGUCUUAUUGAGCUAUGUUUUCCCGCGUUGCAAGACCAGCACUAAACAUCGCCCGGGGUCUCUCCACUUCAUCGCAGAACAAUGCCAAGGUGUCGGUGCUGGGGGCCUCGGGGGGCAUCGGCCAGCCCCUCUCCCUGCUGCUGAAGAACAGCCCCCUGGUGAGCCAGCUGUCCCUGUACGAUAUUGCCCACACCCCCGGAGUGGCCGCAGACCUCAGCCACAUCGAGACCAGGGCACACGUCACUGGGCACAUGGGUCCGGAGCAGCUGGGAGAGGCCCUGAAAGGCAGUGAGGUUGUGGUGAUUCCUGCAGGGGUCCCCAGGAAACCAGGCAUGACUCGCGAUGAUCUCUUCAACACCAACGCCACGAUCGUGGCGGUCCUGGCCGACGCCUGUGCCCGCCACUGCCCCGAGGCCAUGAUCUGCGUCAUUGCCAAUCCUGUGAACUCCACUAUUCCCAUUACCUCGGAGGUGUUCAAGAAGCACGGAGUCUACAACCCCAACAGGGUUUUUGGAGUGACGACGCUGGACAUUGUGAGAGCCAACACCUUUGUGGCAGAGCUGAAAGGCCUAGACCCAGCAAGGGUCAACGUGCCUGUGGUAGGAGGUCAUGCAGGAAAGACCAUCAUCCCUCUCAUCUCUCAGUGCACGCCCAAGGUGGAGUUCCCUGAGGACAAGCUGACCGCCCUGACACUCAGGAUUCAGGAGGCCGGUACGGAGGUGGUGAAGGCGAAGGCGGGAGCUGGGUCUGCCACGCUGUCCAUGGCCUACGCCGGCGCCAGGUUCGUCUUCUCCCUGCUGGACGCCAUGAACGGCAAGGAGGGCGUCGUGGAAUGCUCUUUCGUGAGGUCGGAGGAGACGGAGUCCCCCUACUUCUCCACGCCUCUUCUGCUCGGGAAAAAUGGCAUUGAGAAGAAUCUGGGGCUGGGCAAGCUGUCUGCCUUCGAGGAGAAGCUGGUGGCGGAGGCAAUGGCAGAGCUGAAGGCCUCCAUCAAGAAAGGAGAGGAGUUUGUCAAGAACAUGAAGUGAGCCUGCCUGCAGGCUGCUGAGCUCGUCGUUAUUUAUGUCAUGAAGUCACUUUCACGGACGCCACGCACUUGUAGAACUGAAAUUCUACUCCCCUUGUCUGCCAUGGUGUAGCUCUUUGUUACUGUCCAAAAAAAAAAAGAACAUAAGUUAUAUCAUCAAUAAACAGCCUAUGUUUUCUGA